AUUAUCUUAAAUAAAUUUGAAUAUAUUUGAUUAUCUCGAAUCUCGAUUAUUUGUAUAUUUUUAAGAGCUGCACAAAAAAUCUAAUUAAAUGGCUGAUUUACCAUCAAAAUAUCCUCAAAAUACAUUGUUAUUAAACAGGAAAACGAGCUCUAGUGUUUCUUCAGGAGAGGAUUUACAUGCACCCCGUCAAGCUAAACUUCAUAAGACUUUUAUUGUUCAUGGACGUCAUCAUACACGAGUACCUUCAUAUGGUAGAAAUUUAAAUAAAACAUGCAGACAUAGUGCUUCUGCAGUAUCAGAGGUUCCUUCUUUAUUAGUUAAAUCGAAAAGCUCUGUUUCUUGUGAUGAUUUAUUGAAGAAAUCUGAAUUAUUAGUUAAGAAAGAAAAUAUUGAGAAAAAUGCGGAAAACACAGAAAGGACCCCUAAAGAACAAUUGCAUAUUGAAGACGAGAAGGAAAAACAUAUAGAGCCUUUGAAAGAGGCGGAACAAAGGGAAAAUUUUGAAAGUUUAAGAGAAAAUGUUUUCUCCUCAGUAAAUAUAACAAUUUCUUCACUUGAGAAAAAAGAUGAUUUUAAUGAAGAAUAUGUUGAUAAAUCUCAAGCAGAACAUAUUACAAAGCGUCUUGUAUCAAUGACUAAUAAUCAAGUUGCAGUUCCUUAUUUAACAUGUGAAACAGCAAUGGCGAAAAAUAUACCAACUACUCAAUUAACAUCUACAAAAGAAUUUUCAUGUAUUUUACCAUCAUCAGAUAACCUAGGUAAAACAUCUACUAAGUCGUCAGUGGAACCGCCAACAUCAAAUGUACUAAAAUAUGCUGCUUCGGAUCCCUUAUUUAGAAAUCCUAUUAGUCGAACACAGCAAAAACUUUUGUUGCAGAGAGAAUCAAGUUUAUCAUCUGUUAAAUCUCAAUCCAACAAAGAUCAUGAUUACUGUGAGUUUAUACAGCAUCGAAUUAAUCGUAUCAACAAAGAAUAUUCUAAUAUUUUACGUUUAUCUGACCCUUUAAAACACGUUAUUUUAAAAUUAUUUAAUGAUGGUUGUUUGGAAGAGGUUAAAAACAUUCCAAGUUCAUUAAAUCAUAAAACCGCAGAAGAGAAAUUACCUAAAAAUACGUCCAAAUUUGUUGAUUUAAUAGGGAAACGUGAAAAUGUUUUUAAGGAAUCGGAUAAGUCAAAGAUUGAAUAUGAUGAUAUGCUAUCAAUUCAAAUUAUUCUUGAAGAAAUGUGGAAAAGUAAUGAAAACAUUUCAUAA